AUGUCAGCAGGAGUCAAGAGUUUUAAGAACGCCUUCCAAGUACUGACCCCUGUGCGAAAUUAUGGCGUAGGUAUGCGAGUUACGCGUGGCAUUUGGUCAAAGUACGUAGAGCCAUCGUACUGGGAGGUAGUGCGCAUUCGUCCGUCCCCUGACCUCAAGCACGGCAAAGUGUUUGGCAGAUUCACCUUUCGGGGUAAGACGGAUCCUAAAGUAAAGCGCAUUAAUGGUGUGCUAAAGAAAGAUUGGAGCCUUGUUGAGGCGUAA